UUUUGGUUCCUCAUCACCAUUUUUAUCUUUGUAGUGCUGUGAUGCUUGCCAUUGCCAUUGUUCUCAAAUCCCCUUCCUUUGGCUGCUAUUUUUUAAACUGGACGAUGCAAAAACGCAAAUUGUUGAUUAAACCUUCUUCUCUUCACACCAAUUUCCUCUAGCACUCGUCCAAUUCUGGUCACACCAGAGAAGAGGAGACCAAGACAAGAAGAACACAAGAAAACCAGAAAAGAAAGAAAAACAUAGCAAAACAUAGAAACUGCUGGUACGAGGAAACACACAGAACAAAGUCCGAAGUAGCAGUGUGAGGAAGAAAGAGGAGGCACAUAAAUCAAUCUCAGAUCUCACAAUCAGCUCCUCCCAGAUCCCAUCUGAUUGUUUGUACAUUCAAAAGUUUGGGAUUUUUUCCUUGAUUUUUGGUCAAAGUUUAUGGCUUCAUCUGGGAAUCUAAAUCAACAGCAGCAGCAGCAACCUCAACAACAACCACAAACAGCCCAUUUUGAUUUCAAUAAGCUUUUCAAGACUCCACCACCAGCAGCAUCAGCAGCAUCACCCUCUAUCCCUAAUCCUUCAAAUUUGAACUCUUCUCCAUCAUUCCCUUCUCCUUCUCCUUCCACACCCCCUCCUUCUUCCUACCCUACCCCCUCUUCCUCCUACCCCCCGCCGACUGGCACAUACCCUUAUCAUCACCCUCACUUUCUCCCCUAUCCAGCCCUUCACCACCAACAACAACACCAAGAGCACCCUCUCAUCCUUCACCACCUCCCUCAAAUGCACGCCCCUCAAAGACCUACUAUUUUCCCACCCCCUUCCCCUUCUCCCUCCUCACCACACCUUCCUUCAUCCCCCAAUCCCACCACCGGUGCUCGCCUCAUGGCCUUGCUGGGCACCCAAAACCCUCCCUCCAAUCAGGAACCAUCGGUUGUGUACUCAUCUCCUUCUGGCACAUCUUCAUCACCCAUGGUUUCUGAUUUUUCAGUGCCACCAAACCCUUCAGGGUUGCCAUCCACACAGCUCUCGGGCUCUCCUGUGAAUCUGGCUAGUCCUCAGUCCACUCCUACCAGGAUGCUCAGCAGCAAGCUGCCCAAGGGGCGCCACUUGAUUGGAGAGCAUGCUGUGUAUGACAUUGAUGUUAGGAUUCCUGGGGAGGUGCAGCCUCAGCUUGAAGUCACUCCAAUCACCAAGUAUGCUUCCGAUCCCGGUCUUGUGCUUGGACGCCAAAUCGCUGUGAAUAAGUCUUACAUAUGCUAUGGACUCAAACUUGGGGCCAUCCGGGUGCUUAAUAUCAAUACUGCAUUGAGAUAUUUGCUUCGAGGUCAUACUCAGAGAGUGACAGACAUGGCAUUCUUCGCUGAGGAUCUUCACCUGUUGGCCAGUGCUAGCACUGAUGGGAGAAUAUUUGUAUGGAAAAUCAAUGAGGGCCCUGAUGAGGACGACAAGCCUCAAAUUACUGGAAAAGUUAUCCUAGCACUUCAAAUAUUAGGAGAGAGUGAGUCUGUUCAUCCAAGAGUAUGCUGGCAUCCCCACAAACAAGAGAUAUUAAUGGUUGCUAUUGGAAACCGUAUCCUCAAAAUCGAUAGUAUGAAAGCUGGAAGGGGUGAAACAUUUUCUGCAGAGGAGCCUCUCAAAUGUUCCAUUGAUAAGUUGAUUGAUGGGGUGCAUCUUGUUGGUAAGCAUGAUGGCAAUGUGACUGAGUUGUCAAUGUGCCAAUGGAUGAAGAGUCGAUUAGCUUCAGCUUCAGCUGAUGGCACGGUGAAGAUAUGGGAAGAACGUAAGGCAACACCACUUGCUGUUUUAAGACCACACGACGGUAAACCUGUAAAUUCUGUGACAUUCUUGACUGCUCCUCAUCGUCCUGAGCACAUUGUUCUUAUCACAGCGGGGCCACUAAAUCAGGAAGUGAAGAUAUGGGUCUCUGAUAAUGAGGAAGGCUGGCUAUUGCCUAGUGAUUCUGAGUCAUGGCAUUGUAUUCAGACUUUGGACAUAAGAAGUUCGUCUGAAUCCAACCCCGAGGGUGCAUUCUUUAUUCAAGUUGUAGCAUUGCCCCGUGCUGGUUUAUUUCUGCUUGCAAAUGCCAAGAAAAAUACAAUAUAUGCUGUGCACAUAGAGUAUGGAUCCAAUCCAACUGCUACCCGCAUGGAUUACAUUGCUGAGUUCACAGUCACAAUGCCUAUAUUAAGUCUUACAGGAACCAGUGAUAAUUUACCAGAUGGAGAGCAUAUUGUGCAGAUAUAUUGUGUCCAAACACAAGCUAUUCAACAGUAUGGACUCAAUUUGUCACAAUGUUUACCUCCACCCUUGGACAAUGUUGAACUUGAGAAAACAGAAUCCAAUUUAUCACGUUCUUUUGAUGCUAUUGAUGGAUCGACUAAUCUGGAAACUGGAAAUAUGCCACAAGUUCAUUCUAGCAGUUCUGAAAGUGCUCCUGUUGCGAGCCUGGUUGUAAAUUUGCCUUCAUCAGAUAUUUCAGUUUUACCACCUGAAGCUUCUAUAUCUUCUAUAUCAGAAGCAGAGACCAAGGUUAAUGAUGUACCUUCUCGUAAUGGUUUUGAACAUAUUCAAAGUGCUCCACCUCCACUUCCUCAGAGUCCAAGAUUGUCCCACAAGUUAUCUGGUUUGAAAAAUUCAUCAAAUAGUUUAGAGACUAGUUCUACAGCUGCUGACCAUAGCAGUGACCAGACAAAUCUUGAUUCUUCAUCUGAACGGAGAAUGGAGUCUGAAAAAGAUAUGGCAGAUGUGCCUGCAUCAGGUGACAAUUUAAGAAAGGAUGAUAAAGUUGUUUCAAAUGAUGUUUCUGUGGUUUCUAAUACCCAAGCAACAUAUAAACACCCAACCCAUUUGGUAACUCCAUCUGAGAUAUUCUCUAAAACUGCUUUAUCUUCUGAGAAUUCCCAUACUUCUCAAGGUAUGAAUGUUCAAGAUGUGGUUGCCCGUAGUGAUACAGAAAACAUUGAAGUAGAUGUUAAAGUUAUAGGGGAGAUGGGUUCUAAUCAAGAAAGUACUGAGAGUGAAAGAGACAGAGACUCUCACACCAAUGUUACUGAGAAGAAAGAGAAGUUAUUUUAUUCUCAGGCCUCUGAUCUAGGCAUUCAGAUGGCUAGAGAGACUUAUUAUGACAUUGAGGCAGCUCAUCAAGCUAAUAACAUUAAGACCAUUGAUGCACCUGGUCAAAGUUGUAACUCUGUUGAGGAAGAAGUUCAAGACACAAGUAAGGAUGUACCUACAAACAUCAGUGAAUCAGAAACCAUGACUACUACUGUGCAAUCACCUACACCUUCUGUGAAAGGUAAAAGACAAAAAGGGAAAACUUCACAUUUGUCUGGUGCAUCUUCUGCAUCUCCCAGUCCUUUUAAUUCAGCAGAUUCAUCAAACGAUCAAGGUGGAAAUUCAGGAGGAUCAUCUAUAGAAGCUGCCUUACCACAGUUAUCUGCUAUGCAGGAGAUGAUGGGCCAGUUGUUAAGCAUGCAUAAAGAAAUGCAAAAGCAGAUGAAUGCAAUGGUUUCUGUUCCAGUCACUAAGGAAGGCAAAAGAUUAGAAGGAUCCUUGGGUCGAAACAUGGAGAAAGUUGUCAAGGCUCACACUGAUGCUUUGUGGGCUCGAUUACAGGAAGAAAAUGCAAAGCAAGAGAAGCUAGAGCGAGAUCGGACGCAGCAAAUAACAAAUUUGAUGUCCAAUUAUGUAAACAAAGAUAUGUCAUCUAUAUUGGAGAAAAUCAUUAAGAAGGAAAUAUCUUCAAUUGGAACAACCAUUACUCGUUCAUUAAGUCAAGUUAUAGAGAAAACAAUAUCUUCAGCUAUUACAGAAUCAUUCCAGAAGGGGGUGGGAGACAAGGCAUUGAAUCAACUAGAAAAAUCAGUUGGUUCAAAACUUGAAGCUACUGUGGCUAGGCAGAUACAGACACAAUUUCAAACCUCUGGCAAGCAAGCUCUUCAGGAGGGACUUAAGACUAGUUUGGAAGCUUCAGUCGUUCCGGCAUUUGAGAUGUCUUGCAAGGCUAUGUUUGAGCAAAUUGAUGUUGCUUUUCAAAAUGGAGUUGUGAAGCACACAGCUGCUAUUCAACAGCAGUUUGAUUCUACUUAUUCUCCUCUAGCCAUGACGUUGAGGGAUACAAUUAGUUCAGCAUCAUCAAUCACCCAAACUUUGAGUGGACAAUUGGCUGAUGGCCAACGUAAACUGUUAGAAAUUGCAGCUAACUCCAAAGUAACAGUGGAUCCCUUUGUAGCACAAACUAACAAUGGCAUGCAUGAGAUGACUGAGGAUCCUACCAAAGAACUAUCAAGGUUGAUAAGUGAGAGAAAAUUUGAGGAAGCAUUUACAGGAGCCCUUCAUAGAAGUGACGUUUCAUUAGUUUCUUGGUUAUGUUCUCAGGUUGAUUUAUCUGGCAUUUUGGCAAUGGUGCCCUUGCCAUUAAGCCAAGGAGUACUUCUGUCUCUUCUACAGCAGUUGUCCUGUGACAUCAGUACAGACACACCCCGAAAAUUGGCAUGGAUGACAGAUGUGGCAGCUGCUAUAAACCCGGCAGAUCCAAGGAUUGCAGCACAUGUGCGGCGAAUAUUAGAUCAAGUGUCCCACACACUUGGCCAUCAUCGGAAUUUACCUACCACCUCCCCUUCUGAAGCGAGCACAAUCCGCCUUCUCAUGCAUGUCAUAAACUCGGUGUUGUUGAGCUGUAAAUGAUAUUGUUGUAUUUUAUUAUAUGUGCAGAAAUGUUAAGUAUGAACUUUGGUUUGUAAUUGUAUAGAUAUUUAGAUAGCUUGGAGGGGAUGAAAUGAACUACUGUACUUAGAGUUUUGGUACAAUUGAUUUGUGUGACAUAGUUUCACAUUUUUGUAUGCUUAUUAUUUUACAUUUUA